AUGGCUCCUAUUCCGAAAUUCAAAUCCGCUUUGGAGGCUUCCUCGUAUCAAAGCCCCGAUGGUGGACCUGCUUACUCCCUUCUUCGUAAGAAGGUAGUAGAUAUGGCCAUCGCUAUGGGUUAUGAUGCCAGUACUAUGGUAGAAUGUGGUGUGAAUUGGUCCGAUGACCACGAUCCGUUCAAACAUGUCAAAAACCAUGCAUAUCCGCAUUAUGUUAACCAAUGCAACUUUCGAGUAUUCCAGUCGUUCGAAGCACAACUUGGUAAAAGAUUCCAGGAUCUGUUGGAUACUCGACACAUCGGUGUUAUGGUGAAGACAUACACAAUUGAUCUCAAGAGAGUUGUGAAAUUUCCAGACUCGCUUAUUGUUGCAAACCAUAUUACUGAGGUUUUACCCGAUCGUUAUUUUGGGGUGACAUCUAUAUGGUCACUUUGGCAACAGGCUAUUGUGGCUGACUGCAAAGGUUAUGUGGUAUUUUUUGAUUACGAUCGAGGAGUGCCGGCAAAUUUGGUCGAGGCCGGCGGCGUGUAUAAGGAUUUGUACGGCGCGUUAGUUGAGCGAAAGGAAAAGGAAAUAGCCAUUGCAGCGAGAUGGGAGGAAGAGCACCCCAAAAAAGUCAAGGCAGCUCUUUAA